UCAGAGUCUUGUUGGGAUUUUCUGUUUUGUGAUGAACAUUACACAUUUUUGUUCUGUAUUUUUGCUCAGCAUCAGUUUUAAGGAAAGCAUUAUAUUCCAUUCCUUGGCUUUUCCUAAUUGGCUGAAUUAGUUUAAUGUGUUUACAUUUUUCUGGGUUAGCGCAUACAUUGUUAAUAAAUUAGCAGGAAACAAAUGUAUUUACAUUUGAAAACUAGCGUGUCCAAGCACUGCAUAGUCAUACAGGGCCAUGCGUGGACACAGAGUGCUCCCUUCCUGACUGUUACCCUUUCUGCCCCUUCUCAAGGUGUCUCCCUUUCUGAGGUGUUUGCCAGGUACUAUGUGGCGUUUUUUGGCAGGUGACAUCUCUCAUGACCUUUCCUUCUUUCUCAGCUGUACCCUUACAGUUCUGCACUCUCUUCCAGCACCAGCAGAAAAUGAUCACGUCCCAGGGUAUUGCAUCCCUAAGCCAGAAGUGAUCCUCAAGCUGGAGCAAGGAGAGGAGCCAUGGAUAUUAGAGGAAGAAUCCUCAAGCCAGAGUGUCCCAGAAUUAAUUAAUAGCAGUGAAAACUAUUCAAGAAACAAGUUUGAUGAGUUUAACAAAGGUAAAAAAUGGCUCCAUGGUGACAAACAUGAAAGAAUUCAUUCUGAAGAGAAACCUUAUGAAUAUAAUAAAAAUGGGAAUGGCCUCUUUCUUAAUGAAGACUCUGUUCAGCAUCAGAAAAUUCAAGUUUUGGAGCAACCUUUUGAAUACAAUGAAUGUAGGAAAGCUUUCCAUGAAAAUUCACUCUUCGUUAUACAUGAGAAACCUUACACAGGACAGAACACCUGUGAAUACACUGAAUGUGGUGAAAACUUCUGUGAUAUGUCGUCUCUCAUUGCUCAUCAAAGAACACAUCCAGAAGAUAAUCACUAUGAAUUUAAUAAAUGUGGAGAACAUUUCUUCGAGGAACCCUUUCUUUUUGAACACAGUGUUCACCCUUUGAACCAGAAGUCAAACCUCAUUCAAAUUCAGAGAACCCACUCAAUUGACAAUAUAAUUGAAUAUAGUGAAUAUGGAAACUUUUUCAGUGAAAAGCUAAUCUUUGGUUUACAACAGAGCAUACACACAGGAGAAAAACCUUAUGAAUGUCAUGAAUGUGGAAAAACCUUCAACCAGAAGUCAGCCCACACAAGACAUCAGAGAACCCACACGGGGGACAAAUCCUGUGAAUGUCAAGAAUGUGGGAAGACUUUCUACAAGAAUUCAGACCUCAUUAAACAUCAGAGAAUUCAUACAGGGGAGAAACCUUACGAAUGUCAGGAAUGUGGGAAAUCCUUCAGUGAAAAGUCAACUCUCACCCAGCAUCACAGGACACACACAGGAGAGAAACCAUAUGAAUGCCGUGAGUGUGGGAAAUCCUUCUCAUUUAAGUCAGUCCUUACUGUACAUCAGAAAACACACACAGGGGAGAAGCCCUAUGAGUGCUGUGAAUGUGGGAAAGCCUUUCUCCGAAAAUCAGAUCUCAUUAAACAUCAGAGAACUCACACAGGGGAAAAGCCUUAUGAAUGUAAUGCAUGUGGAAAAUCCUUCUCUGAGAAGUCAACUCUCUCUAAACAUUUGAGAACUCACACAGGUGAGAAGCCCUAUGAAUGUGUUGAAUGUGGAAAAUUUUUCUGCUACUUCUCAGGUUUCACAGAACAUCAGAGGAGACACACAGGAGAGAAGCCUUUUGGAUGUAAUGAAUGUGGGAAAAACUUUCGUCAGAAGUCAGCCCUAAUUGUUCAUGAGAGAACUCACAUAAGACAGAAACCCUACGAAUGUAAUGAAUGUGGAAAAUCAUUCUGUGUGAAGUCCAAACUCAUUGCACAUCAUAGAAUACACACAGGGGAGAAACCCUAUGAAUGUAAUGUUUGUGGAAAGUCAUUCUAUGUGAAGUCAAAACUCACUGUACAUCAGAGAACACAUUUGAGAAACUCUAUAAGUAUAAUAAAUGAGGGAAAUCACUCUGUUGAAGUCCAGAGUUUAUAGAACAAAGAACACAUAGUGGAGAGGAAAAUCUAUUAAUAUAAUGAUUUUGAGAACACCUUUGAUCUAAAGUCAGUUCUCAAAAUACAGAGCAGACAACAUCUAGAGGGGAGAAAAUCACAUGAAGAUAUUCUGGACAUUGGAAAAUUUUCUACUGGAAUUUGGACCAUACAGUAUGCGAGAAAGCUCAGAGUGGAGAAAACCUAUUGUUGAAUGAAUACAGGGCACCUUUGCCCAAAGCCACAACUUACUAAACAUCAGAGAAAUCAAAUAGGGUAGAAACCUCUAUUAGCAUUUGUAGGGAAGUCUUUACUCAUAAGCUGGAGAAAAUGUACAAGCUAUAGGAAAUUACAGGAAAACAUUUACUAUGAGGUGGUAUUUUAUUGGGCUUGUGUGAAAUACUUGAAGUGGCAUCUCAGUGGAUAUCAGAUAGUAGUUACUAGAAAAAUACUUUUAAGAGAAUGGAAGCUUUAAGUUAAACUUAAGUUUAUCAUACAUCAGAGGUGUUCAAUUGCAGUGUCCAGCAAUUUAGGCAAUGUGGUUUUGAUUUUAGUACUUUGCCUUGUUAAAAUACAAUCUGGCCCAUUGCCCGGUGUGCUGUUCCUUUCAAUUUAAGGUAUUAGAUGAGACCUGGAGGCAGCAGUUGUAAACAAUUCAGAGAUUUAUUGCUCAGGCAUAUGUGAAAUAAGGAAAGGUUUUUGCAGGGGACUCACGAACA